UCGACUUUAACAAGCAUGACCACUUUAACUGGGGCGACGGCGCACGCCGCCCUUCGACGAUCAAUUUUGGGCCAGAAGGUUACGAUUCCGAGUAUUUACAAGACUUUUCCGGAAUGGAAACCUCAACAGCAUCAAGAUUACAAAAGAGCACGAGAUGAGGUUCUUAACCCAUGGAUUGAAAAGUGGGUGACCGACAAGCGCACCAAUAAAGCGCUUAAAACAGCUGAUUUCGGUGUCUUCGCUGCCGUCUGGUGCCCUGAUGCCUCGUUUGAUAUUCUCUGUACAGCGGCGAAGUAUUUUGCCUGGUAUUUUGUGUACGACGAUAUAUUUGAUUGUGGCACUCUGAAGCAUGAUGAAGUCCACGCUAGCGAGUACAGAGUAGCAAGCCUUCAGUAUUUCAGAUUUUGUCUCCUUGGUGAAGGCGUAGCGCCAGAUCUAAGUUGCUUUGACAUAGAUCUCCGAAACGGUCUGCAAUGCUGGGACGAGAUCGGUGAGCACAUUUGUCAAGUUUCCUCCAGAUCCACUCGCGAAGUGCUAUGUGAUGAGAUGCUACGAUACAUCGGCAGCCUUAACAAUGUGGACACUAUUUUCGCAGCCCAUGAAAUUCCCACAAUCGAGGAAUACUGGGAACGACGCGAGGCUACUGCUGCAGCCUACUGUCUAGAUUCAUUUAUGGAGUGGAUAUUGAUAGAACAGAUGUACAAGAUCAAUCCAUGCAAAAGCUAUGGAGGCAUACUUCGUAUUUCGUUCAUAUGUCAGUCCUUCAAUAUAUUGUCCAAAGUUUCUUUCAAGGCUUCUGACGAAGGAUACAGAACCAACGACAUGCUCUCCUUCCGAAAAGAGGUGAAUGACAAUCAGAUUGAAAACCUGAUUCCUGUGUUGAUGUUAAACCGUCAAAUUGAGUGCAACACGGCAAUGAGCCAAGCAUACCACCUGCUUCAGUUUGAAGCAGGUGGCUUCUAUGACGCGGAAGCACAGCUAGCUCAAAAACAUCAAGGAAAAUCGAAAUUCAUCUCGGAUGUCUUUAGAGAAGGAUGUCUAAAUGUGGCUAUGGGUCUUGCUCACUGGAGUUAUCUUGGUGAUCGAUAUUUCAAGGUCUGGGAACAUGAUAGAGACAAUGUGGUACAAUUCACCGUCGGGCCGCCUAAACUCGAGAAAAAAAAAGCGAUUAAGCAAGUCAAAUAG